UCUUACAACAAGGGGGAUCCAAUGUCACACUAUCUUCUAUAUAACAUUUCAUUUCACACUCCAAAAAGUUCCCAAUAGUUCAAGCGGAAUGUUUCGUCACAUCAACAGCAUGUGUAUGGUGUCGCGUUCCUUGACUCGCGGUGCGCAGCGGCACUUGUCCGUGGGAUCACUCCGCUGGAAUGAAUCCAGUUCCCAAAAAGAUCCUCAGCCAGAGGAGGAGACCGUCCCAGCAAAAGAAGCGUCAGCCAUCGUGGUUGCAGUCAAGACCGAAGAUGGAUGCUCCACCGACAACAACCAGUCGCAGCAAUCGGAGAACGCAUACAAGAUGAACCGGCGCGAAGCCUUCAGGCGGAUGAUGAAGGAGAAGAGCAACGUAGACUGCAACGAACAGAAAACUUUCGAACAAAAGAAUUCAUCUGAUUAUGGUCAGUCGCCACUGUGGCGUCAAUCUGUUUCUUGGGUCCCACAGCCUGUCUACCAGGGGCCCAAAGUCAAGCAGAUUAACGAAAAGAAAGAUGAGCCGAAGGAGACAGUGAAACCGAACCGCCGUUACUAUUUGAGACAGAUGUGCAUGGAGAGACUGCAGCAACCUCGGAAUAGGAAGACUUCCGACAAUGUCCAAAAGCAAUCAAUAACAAAAAUCAAGAGGGAGUCGCUGGAUCCUGCACGAGUGGAACUUCUGAAUCUGAAGUGGAAAGAGCAGCAGCAAGAGAUUGCAAAGCGAAUGAACGAGGCAGACAAGAAUAAGUUCGUCUCCCGCUUUGAGCAGAACGCGGGGCGAAGGGAGAAGAUUAAAUAAGCAAUCAUCACAGACACUUCCAGUACACACACGCAAACACAUUGAGUCUCAGGCAUCCCUAACGUGUAAUUAAUUAAUUGAUCAAAUUCUUGUUUUCAACC